CCCUAUCCUCCAGUUAUGGAGUAUCUAGGAUUGCCUUACGAGACCAAAAGCUACGAAUAUGACGCAAUGACCGAAUGGUUCGAAGAGGACAAGCCGAAACUAGGAGCUGAUUUUCCAAACAUCCCCUACCUUAAAAACGGAGACUUCGUCUUUUGUCAAUCUGUGGCAAUUUUGAAGUACCUCGGACGCAAGGGCGUUCUCUAUCCGGCACUCGAAUCCCCAGAGGAAAUGGCGCAACUGGAGGCCCUGAUUGACACCGUUUUGGAUGUUAGAAUGGGCUUCGCCUUCCUGUGUUAUGGUGAUGGUUUCGAGACUAAGAAGAUCGACUUCAUGGACAGAGUUCCGAAGAAGUUAGCUUCAUUUGACAAGAGGCUGUCGACACGCAAGUGGCUCAACGGAGAAAAUUUAUUCAUCGGUGACUUCCAGUUCUGGUCGACCCUGGACUUCAUGGAAUGCAUGGAGCCGAAAAUGUAUGAGAACUUGCCCAAUUUGGUAAGAUACAAGAAAGAUUUCGAGGCUAUUCCUCAGGUUGCAAAAUACCUGGCCAGUGACAAGUUCAAGAAGUUCCCGAUCAAUGGUAAAAUUGCAGCCUGGGGCGGAAAUGCGGAAUGAACUGAAUAAAGAAACAGGUUUAAUUUCAAGGAUUUUCAUAUUUGUAAAAGAUUUAAACACUAGUAAUAAAUUGUUCAUUGAUAUCAAACUGAAUUAAAAUAUAUACAGACUGACUGUCUUGUCGAACAUUU